AUUUUAACCUGAAGCUGGAGGCUGGGAAAAUAGCUCGCUCCAGGAGCGUGAUGACUGGGGAGCAGAUGGCCGCCUUCCACAUCACGACCACCCCAAACCCUCUGGAGAGGCCCAUCAAGAUGGGCAGGCUGAAGAAGCAGAGGUCUAUCGUGAAGAACUGGCAACACAAGUACUUUGUGUUGAGUCCUCAGCAACUCUUCUACUACAAGGACGAAGAGGACGUGAAGGACAUGAAGCCACAGGGUUGCAUGUAUCUACCAGGAAGUACAAUCAAGGAGAUUGCCACAAACCCAGAAGAAGCUGGGAAGUUUGUGUUUGAGGUUAUUCCAGCCUCAAUGGACCAGAAUCGUGCAGGACAGGAUUCCUAUGUCCUCAUGGCCAGCUCCCAGGCAGAAAUGGAAGAGUGGGUUAAAUUCCUUAGGAGAGUUGCUGGCACACCAUCUGGAGCCGUGUUUGGCCAACGUUUGGAUGAGACUGUAGCCUAUGAGCAGAAGUUUGGCCCCCACCUAGUGCCCAUCCUGGUGGAAAAGUGCACUGAGUUCAUCUUGGAGCAUGGCCUGCAUGAAGAAGGCAUUUUUCGUCUACCAGGCCAGGACAACCUGGUGAAGCAACUGAGAGAUGCUUUCGAUGCUGGGGAGCGGCCCUCCUUUGACAGAGAUACAGAUGUGCACACGGUAGCCUCUUUGUUCAAACUCUACCUCCGAGACCUUCCAGAGCCGGUGAUUCCCUGGAGCCAGUAUGAAGGGUUCCUGCUCUGUGGGCAGCUCAUGAAUGCUGAUGAGGCAAAGGCUCAGCAGGAAUUGAUGAAACAGCUUUCCAUCCUUCCCAAAGACAACUACAAUCUUCUGAGCUACAUUUGCAGGUUCCUACAUGAAAUUCAGCUGAACUGCAGUGUUAACAAGAUGGGUGUCGACAAUCUAGCUACUGUGAUUGGUGUGAAUCUCAUCAGGUCAAAGAUCGAAGACCCUGCUGUGAUUAUGAGAGGGACUCCUCAAAUUCAAAGAGUGAUGACCAUGAUGAUUAGAGACCAUGAAGUCCUCUUUCCCAAGUCCAAGGAUGAACCCCUGUCCCCUCCUGCCCAGAAAAAUGACCUCAAGAAACCUCCAGUGGCUCGCAGCUCUGUGGGUUGGGAUGCCACUGAAGAUACAAUUUCUCGGACAGAUAGCUUUAGUAACACCAUCAGUGACUCAGACACAACCAGCCCUACUGGACAGUGUUCCAAUGAUGACCGUCUUGAAGAGAGCAGCACAGCGGCUCUGGAAAAGCUAGGGGACUGGAAAGUACAGUCAAGAAAAAGGACUCAGACACUUCCUAGCCCGAAAUACUUUCUGAAAUCAGCAUUUCAAGGUGUUAACAACAGCAAAGUAGAAACCUUUAAAAAUGAGAUCUCGUCCCCUUCCUCAGAGGUGAAUUCUGGGGAAGGGCAUAGGAGAACAAUGUCUCAAGGUGUGUCCAACCUCUCUGACUUCCUUCGGACUUCUACCUAUGAUAAUGUCCCAACCCUGCCAGAGUCCCCUGGGAACAAAGCAGGUGCCUGUGACUCCAAGAAAAAUUCUCUUUCUAGCCCCAAAUCUGAAAUCAAAUCUGGAGAAAAUUGUUCUGGGGAACAGGAUCUUGAGUCAUUGCAAAGAAUGGUUCGGGAACUACAAGAGAAAAUAGAAACACAGAAACAAACAUAUGAAGAACAGAUUAAAACCCUUGAAAAGGAAAAUUAUGAUGUCUGGGCAAAGGUUGUGAGGCUCAAUGAAGAGCUCAAAAUGGAGAAAAAAAAGUUUGAAGCCUUGGAAAUCAGCCUCCGAAAUGUGGAACGCUCCCGGGAGGAUGUGGAGAGAAGGAACAAGGAAUUGGAAGAAGAAGUUAAGGAAUUUGUCAGAUCAAUGAAAGAGCCCAAGACUAAUGCAUGAGAGUUCUAGAAGAACUGUAUAGACAUCUCACAGAGAACCAAUACUGUUCCCUGUAUUAUUCAAUAGGGGUACUAUUCAAUCAUUAGAUUGGAAACCAAAUUACUCCUCAAGAA